UGUGUUUUGAGGCGCAGCCGGACUCAGUGCAGUGCGCAUGCGCAGCUCGCCAUAUUGCGCAGCAGGGUGUGAGGUGGUACGUCGACACUACAUUGUUUGUUUUUGUUGAGCGCAGUGACUGUUUUUGCCAUCCUGUUAAUACUAUAUUGAGCCAAAUCACGUCUAACAGAGUUCUCGCUUAAAUGAAGAUCUCUUCAGAUCUGUCGACGCUUUAAAUCGCUGUAGAUAUCAGCGGAACGCGGUCCGGUUGAAGUGUGUUAUGCGCGGUAGCCGCUAAAAAGAUUCACAUCAAAACCACCAAAACUGGACAGAUAAAGACAGACUCAUUCACAGGAUACAUAACAGGGGCCGUUUGGAUGGACCUUUCACUGGUGCCAGUGUUUUGCUGAAACAAGUUUGAAACGGCACACAGGAGUCUCUCUGAGGCCGAUAACCAGCGCAGGAUGUCCAUCACAAACACGCCCACCAGUAACGAUGCCUGUCUGAGCAUCGUGCACAGUCUGAUGUGUCACAGGCAGGGCGGCGAGAGCGAGACGUUCGCCAAACGGGCCAUUGAGAGUCUGGUGAAGAAACUGAAGGAGAAGAAAGACGAGCUGGAUUCGCUCAUCACUGCCAUCACCACCAACGGUGCUCAUCCCAGCAAAUGUGUGACCAUACAGAGAACACUAGACGGACGUCUGCAGGUGGCUGGUCGUAAAGGAUUCCCACAUGUCAUUUAUGCACGGUUAUGGCGAUGGCCGGACCUUCAUAAGAAUGAGUUGAAACAUGUCAAGUACUGCCAGUUUGCCUUUGACCUGAAGUGUGACAGCGUGUGUGUGAACCCUUACCAUUACGAGAGAGUCGUGUCUCCUGGAAUAGAUUUAUCUGGACUUACACUGUCAGGCUCUGGUCCGUCGGGUCUGAUGGUGAAGGAUGAGUAUGAUUAUGAAGGGCAGCAGUCUCUGCCCAGCACUGAGGGACACAUGCAGACGAUUCAACACCCUCCCUCCCGACCGGUGGCCCCGGAGCCCUUCAACACGCCCGCCAUGCUCCCGCCAGCAGAGGGCAGCAGCUCGGCCUCCACCUCCGCAUUCUCCAGCAUCGCUGUGGGAUCCACAACUCAGCCCAAUAGCGUUCUCUCAGGAAGCCAUAGCAGCGAAGGUCUGCUGCAGAUUGCCUCUGGGACGGGGCAGGGCUCACAGCAGAAUGGCUUUCCCCCCGGCCAGCCCUCCACGUACCAUCACAAUGCCACCUCCACCUGGACGAGGAACAGUAACUUCACCCCCACUGUGCCUCACCAUCAGAACGGACAUCUUCAGCAUCAUCCGCCCAUGGCCCAUCCAGCACACUACUGGCCCGUUCACAACGAAAUCGCAUUUCAGCCACCAAUAUCCAACCACCCUGCUCCAGAUUACUGGUGCUCCAUCGCUUAUUUCGAGAUGGACGUUCAAGUGGGCGAGACUUUUAAAGUUCCCUCCUCCUGUCCCAUCGUGACCGUCGACGGGUAUGUGGAUCCGUCCGGAGGAGAUCGCUUCUGCCUCGGCCAGCUCAGCAACGUCCACAGAACGGAGGCCAUCGAGAGGGCGAGACUGCACAUCGGGAAGGGCGUCCAGCUGGAAUGUAAAGGCGAAGGUGACGUUUGGGUUCGCUGUCUAAGCGAUCACGCCGUCUUCGUCCAGAGCUACUACUUGGAUCGGGAAGCCGGUCGCGCUCCUGGAGACGCUGUGCACAAGAUUUACCCCAGCGCAUACAUCAAGGUGUUUGAUCUGCGUCAGUGCCACAGACAGAUGCAGCAGCAGGCGGCGACGGCACAAGCAGCGGCGGCCGCUCAAGCAGCAGCGGUGGCCGGAAACAUCCCCGGCCCCGGAUCCGUGGGAGGAAUCGCUCCUGCUAUCAGCUUGUCUGCGGCUGCUGGUAUCGGUGUGGACGACCUCCGCCGGCUCUGCAUUCUGCGCAUGAGUUUCGUCAAGGGCUGGGGUCCCGAUUACCCACGACAGAGCAUCAAAGAGACGCCUUGCUGGAUCGAGAUCCACCUGCACCGCGCGCUGCAGCUGCUGGACGAGGUUCUGCACACCAUGCCCAUCGCCGACCCCACGCCGCUGGACUGAGAUCAGCCUCCGACAAACCCAGUACCGCCGAACUGUGCGAAUGAUGCAGAGAGACCAAUGGGGUUCAGAGAUCUACACGGCUGCAUUUACUUCUUUUGUUUUUGCCUGCGUUGCUUUUGUUCUUGUAACAUUCAGACCUUGAAGUGCACAGGACCCAGUGUUAUAUAUCUAUAUGCAAAAGUGUUUUGCAUGAAGAUGAUGUGCGGUUGCCAGCUCUGCAGAGGUGCAUGCUGGGAUUCAGUUGAGUCUUCAAGAUCUGUUUAAAUGAAUUUGUUCCCAGACAUUUGCUUCAUGCUGUUGCUUCACUAGCCAGUAGAGUCUCCCAUUAUGUCUAAACAAUGUCAUUUUCAGUCAGACUGGUCUAAUUUCAAUUUCAAUUUUUUUAAAACUUUUUGAUCAUCAUCUCUUAAUGCAAACCAGAGUCUCUCAGGCCGAACGUUUAAAAGCUGUUGUGCGCUGUGGUCUGGAAGUAUGAUGGAAAUCAUGUAGCAUUUCCUUUCUCUUGAGUUGCAGUGUUUGGGUUAAAGGCGUUUGGACUCGCGGUCGUAUUAGCGGGUGAUGCAUGUGCAGAAGACAUGCGUUUUCUUUCGAGCAUCUCACUAGCAGCUAAUUGGCUCGCCUUUUUACAUAACAUAAUCAUAGCAAGACGUAUUAACGGUUAGUCUAGACUCAUACACGCACGAGCAAUAACAACCGGCUUUGUUCUGAAUGCUUUUUCUUUUCUUUUAGCCAUGUACUUGUUCUAGCACUUUAUGCAUGUUUGGUUUUCUUUACAUCUUUCAGUUUCUCUUCUUUGCAGCCUGUGAAUAAAAAUGUUCUGCAGCUCUUUUAUAGAAAAACAAAUUAGCCUCAGUACUAGGAUGUUUGCUUUAACGGAAUGGUUCGCCCAAAAAUGAAGUCUAGCUGAAAAUGUACAUGCCCUCAAAUCAGAUGAGUUUGUUUCUUCAUCAGAUUUGGAGAAAUGUGUCUCUGCAUCAGUGUCUCAGCGAUGGAUGCUCUGCAGUGAAUGGGUGCCGUCAGAAUGAGAGUCGAUAAAAACAUCACAAUAAUCCACAGCACUCCAGUCCAUCAGUUAACAUCUGGAGAAGACAAAAGCUUUAAAGUUUAGAGCUGUUUUGGCUUAUAAACGCUGCUUGAUCUGCAGAUUUCUCUCCUGAUUCACACCAGAACACUUCUUCACUGGAGGAAGCGUUAUUAUGGAUUAUGGACUCAAUGUAUUUGAGUUAAAAACAUCUUAAUGCUGGAUUAGUUUCAGCUUUUGUCUUCUCCAGAUGUUAACUGAUGGACUGGAGUGGUGUGGAUUAUUGUGAUGUUUUUAUCGACUUUCAUUCUGACGGCACCCAUUCACUGCAGAGCAUCCAUCGCUGAGACACUGAUGCAGAGACACAUUUCUACAAACCUGAUGAAGAAUCAAACUCAUCCUAAUCUUGAAUACACUGAGGACAUUUUCAUUUGAACUGUUCCUUUAAUGCGGUUUCACAGCUGAUUUACUGGUCAAAGGUUACAAGGGCUCUAAAGAUCCUUUUACAGUAAACUGACGAAUUAACACUUUUAUACCAUUAAUCUCUCUGUUUUUUUAGAGCGCACAUCAUGUUCCCCUCUGAUGCCCGAGAAUAUCAGUUAUUAUAUAAUAAAUGAUGGUCAUGUAUUGAUAUGAGAUGAACUGGAGUGUUUUGAUGUGAACAUUGAAAGCCAUAUGAAAUGAUCAUUAUGGGAAAUAAGAUGUCAGUAUUAUUCAGAGCUUGUUUUAUUUUCUCUGUAAAAUGACAGACUUGCUCUCGAGAUGUCAUACGGCGGCAAUUUAGACAAUCAUGUCAGCCUUGCAUAUCUGGGAGUGAGUUUAGAUGACAGAUCAAUACUUCUUUUGAGCCUGAUUUCAUAUUCUGUUUGAAAAGAAAUAGGAAAGUUCUGAAUGAGAAGAGUCCUCAGAUUUUAGCAGUUUAUCAAAUACAGUGUAAUAUUAAAUUGA